ACUUGAAGACCUUUAUUGUGAAGUCCGGGAGCGAGCCCCCACCGGAAGGGCUUGUUGCUGCUCCUCGCGCUCACGCUGCCACUACAAGCGACCGCGCGCUGGGUUGGCUAGCAAGCGAGGAAGAGGCGAGACAGAAAUGGCGGUGACGGCAAGGCGAGCAGCAUGAAGUGCUGAUGCAGUACAUGGAUCCAGACCUACCACUGCCAGGACACCGUUGUGGAAAUGACAAUGAUGUCGAAGUAGGACGCCUUCUGUAACGGUCGUUCACAAACCUGCACCACCUUCCCGGAGAGAGUUUCGGUCCAGUGAGCGGAGCAGAGACGAGCCUCACCGGGAGCAUGGCUUCUUACAGCAACCAGUACAUCUUCGGGGAAUUCAGCCCUGAUGAGAUCAAUCAGUUUUUUGUGACUCCACGAUGUUAUGUCGAGCUUCCUCCGUUCAAUGACAAAGUCCCUUGCGUCAGUCAGUCUUCUGGAACUUACUGCACUCCUGCUGUACCUUAUAUUAUGGAGUCAAUGGGACUGCAGGUUUGCGCAGAAGACUAUCAGCGCAUUGAGUUUGGUGUUGACGAGGUGAUGGAUUCCAAGCCUGUUGGGUUGAACGAUCCUUUGUUCAAGGUGUCGAGCACCCUCAACCCCCAGGCUCCAGAGUUCAUCCUGGGCUGCCAGUCGGCCCAGAAGGCCCAACAGACAGCUCCUCCAGCAGCUGAUGUCCCUGAUGGAACCAACUACGACUCGUUGGAUGGCCCUGACUCGGAGGCCUCGGCCCUGGACAAUCAUCAGGCCUGCCAAGACAUGGACGGACUCCCCGGCAGCCUGGGACAGCGAGAGAGGAAGAAAAAGAAAAAGCGACCGCCGGGGUAUUACAACUACCUGGACCCGUUAACUGGCAACAACAGCAGCAGUGCAGCAGAUGGGACGCCUUUGACAGCACUGGUGAACGGACAUGCAAUCGGUGGCCCACACCACAGUGCUGAAGAUGUGGACGUCAAGGCAUUGUCGGGGGCUGAACUUUCCACCCCCGGACCUGUCUCCAUGGCAACAUCAACAGCUGCUGUUGCAGCAGCCGAGUUUGCCCCUACAGCCACUGCCAAUCAGAGGACUUGUGAUAGCCCUGAUGACUCUUCUUUGGACUUAACAAGUGGAGCUGCCUCUUUAUCAGAUGGCAACAAUGCAACUUCCUCCUCUUCAUCCUCCUCUCAAAGCAGAGGGAUGACAGAGGGACCGAGGACUGCAGAUCAGCAGCCAGAUCAUUUGGCUCCACAGAGCCCCGAACUUUCAGAUACUCCAUACAGCCCCCGCUCAAAAUCCCCUCUUCCUCCUUCAGCUGCUGUGGCCACGCCCUCUGUCGCCACUUCCAUUACAACUACUGAACUGGAGGUAAGGGAGUUAGCAGACAGUGGGGUGGCCAAUGGCUUAGCAGAGCCUGAUACUGCUGUCAGUGCAGAUGAACACAAAGAAGACUGUGAGAGUGGGGAGCAGGCUCAGCAGGUCUCCCCAGACUCUGCUGCCCAGUCGGUAGUAACAGAGCAGGUCCACUCGCCUGUGAUUCCAGCUGCACCUGCUGCCAACCCCCCCAAAUCUUGGGCUAGCCUCUUCCACAACUCCAAGCCUCUGCCUGGGGGCCCUCAGGCCUUUGUGGAGGUAAAGAAUGUUGUGGAAGUUGUGUCUCCAUCCCUCGCUACGCCAGAGCAGCCUGAGAAAGUUGGGGAAGUCAAAGACGGCCCUGUCCACGUUUCAGAGGAUCCUAUGGCCCCUAAACUUGCAGAACUUAUUGAGAAUGUGAAGUUGAUACAUAAACCAGUGUCUUUGCAGCCGAGAGGACUGAUCAACAAGGGAAACUGGUGCUAUAUCAACGCUACCCUACAGGCCCUGAUUGCGUGCCCCCCCAUGUUUCACAUGUUGAAGUCCAUUCCUCUGCAUAAUGAAACACAGAGGCCGUGUACAUCCACACCAAUGAUGGACAACUUUGUUAGGCUGGUGAAUGAGUUCAACAACAUGCCUGUGCCAUCAAAAGCCAAACAGCAAGCUGUUGGUGAUAAGUCCAUGAAAGACAUUAGGCCUGGCGUUCCUUUUGAACCAACCUACAUUUACAGACUCCUCACUCUCAUCAAGUCAAGUCUUUCUGAGAAGGGUCGACAAGAGGAUGCGGAGGAGUAUCUUGGCUUCACCCUAAACGGACUGCAUGAGGAGAUGCUGGCUUUGAAAAAACUAAUCUCGCCUCAGGAAGAGAAACCUCCCACACCCAACGGGCCAGAGUCUCAGCCAGGUGUGGAGGAAGAUGUUGCAGAUAAGGAGGAAGAAGGUAGUGAGGAUGAGUGGGAGCAAGUUGGCCCCAGAAAUAAGACUUCCAUCACUCGCCAAGCUGACUUUGUCCGCACACCCAUCACUGACAUAUUUGGUGGGCACAUCAGAUCUGUGGUGUAUCAACAAAACUCUAAAGAGUCGGCCACUCUGCAGCCUUUCUUUACCCUGCAGCUGGACAUCCAGUCAGAGAAGAUCCGCACAGUCCAGGAGGCUCUAGAGACCUUGGUGGCCCGAGAGUCGGUCCAGGGCUACACCUCCAAAACCAAGCAGGAGAUCGAGAUCAGUCGGAGAGUGACUCUGGAAGAGCUGCCCCCUGUACUGGUGCUCCAUCUCAAGAGAUUCAUUUUUGAAAAGACAGGAGGCUGCCAGAAACUGACCAAGAACAUUGAUUACCCCGUUGACCUUGAAAUCAGCAAAGAUCUAUUGUCAUCUGGAGUGCGGAGCAAAGUUGUGAAAGGCCAAAGAACUUACAGGCUCUUUGCAGUUGUCUAUCACCAUGGGAACAGUGCGACAGGCGGUCAUUACACCACGGAUGUCUUCCACAUUGGUCUUAACGGCUGGCUGCGCAUUGACGACCAGACAGUGAAGGUCAUCAGCCAGUACCAGGUGAUGAAGCAGACCGCAGAGCGCACCGCCUACCUGCUGUACUACCGCCGCGUCGACCUGCUGUAGACACACACUCACACACAUCCCAACACACACACAUGCAAGAAUACCCAAAUAUAUUCACAAACCCACACAAAACAUACAUGCUCUAAAUGCACUCGUUGACAGGACAGUACAUGGACACAUGACAAAAACACACAUAUAACUAAUGAACAGGAACACUGCCCAACUUGUUCUCUUGCAAGAUUUUCCUUCUUCUUCCCUCCUGUCCCCGCUUUCCUGAGAACCAGCUUUUCCAACACCCUUUUCCUUGUCUCUUUUUUUUUUUUUUUUUUUUUUUUUUUUUUUUUUUUUGGAGGAAGAGAAACAAGCUGCAUUCACAAAGAUUUCCCUGUGACUGCGCUCUCUUCUCUGUGCACCACUGCUAAUUUUUUUUGUUUUGUCCAUUUUUUGUUUUAACUUUUAAAGCAGCGAGGAAAGGACUGUUGAAUUGACAGAGGUGGGGUUGGGGUUACAGGUUAGGACCCGAGACGCACCUCUGACUGAGCCCACAGCUCGGCUCAGAUAGCAAACAGUGGACUCACACACAGGAAGAACUAUCUACCACAGGCUGCAAGUGGACCGCCGGGGUAAUUUCUGUUGUUUGAAUUAGCUUUUUUAAGGAAAUGACCUAGAAAUAUCAGUGUUUUGCCUUUUAGUGAAGGAGGACUGUUGGCCUAAUGAAUUUGCAGCCGUUCAGAAGCCUAUUUGAAUUUGCCCUCGUGCAUUGAAAAGGCCCAGCACCAGCAUUAUCAUGAGUCUCUCCUCCCAAGGCCAGAUCGUCUUCUUUGCCACCAACACAAACUCCUCCUCCAUCGAAUUCCUCACUUUUACGAUGCUUUUAAAUCUAGGUACAACUUGAGCCAUCAACAACAGGAAAAAAAAAGAUAUGUGGUACAUUGAGAACCGAACAGCUUCCUUGUCUGAGAGAUCCUUGUUAUGUUCUGAGGGUUUAGAUUUAGAAAGACUCUAAAAAAAAAAAUAAAAAAUAUUAAUGCGCUUUAGAAUUUAAUAACAAAUAUGCUUCUGUGCACAGAGUAUAAACUGAUUGAUGACUACAAUAUGACAGGCAAAUGCAUAUUUUGCAAAUAUUUAGAUUAAAAUGUAAAAAAAACUAAAAAAUAUAAAAUCUAACUGACUGAAAACGUGUUUGGGUUCUAAAUGACUGAACUUGUUUUUAGACUCGGUUAUUGCACUGGAGAGAUGGAAACCAAUCAAGACAGAGUCCAUUGCAAAACCUGCCCUUGUUUACUUUGUACAUUUCCUUCUCUAUCCAUUCUUUUUUUUUUUUUUUUUGUCUUUUCUUGUCUAAAGGUUCCACCUGUGUAUAGGUGGCUUAUCAGUGUAGUUUUGAGCCACACCACCCCUCUUACCCCCAAUCUCAGCAGAAAGCGGGGGCUGCCUUAGGUUCAAUGUGUGAUGUUUUUCCACUCAGUGUACAAGUCUCCCCCCUCAUCAGGCACCAACAGCAAGUCUAAUGUCUGUGAAGAGUUAGGGGAAUGUACCUGACACCUCUGUAUUUACUCUUUUGUGGCUCAGCCUUUCCUCCUAGUCGAGGCAAACUGAGUGUCGAGGGGAAGUGGGACUACAUCUGUGCUAAGCUCUGCAUUAAAAACCCCAGACAUGUGCACAAAAGGAGAUAGUGUUUGCUUUUGUUGAAGAUAUUGAUUUUUUUCUUUUUUUUUUUUUUGGGAUCAUUCAUUGAUUGUGAUGAUUUUUUGUUUGAGUUACUAAAAGAUGUUAGUUUUGUUUUUUUGUCAUUCAUCAUUUAUUGGAUGUCCCCAUGCUCUCGCUCCUUUCAGAAAAAAUAUGCUUGCAUUUGAAUUGGUGUUUGAAAAGAAAUUACACAGGCUAAAGCACAACGAUGAAUAAAAUUGAACUAGUUCUUUGCUUGAUAUUUAUUUCCAUUUUCUUUUUGUCAUUUUCUCUUUUCACAAUUGAUUAAUUUCUCUGUUCAAGACCCAUUUCAUUCCAACCACCAGUAUCAGAAUCUCAGUAUUAACACUUUUCAAAAUAUAAUCAGCUCAAGUAUUUCUAAAUGAUUUAAGCUUGUGUACUUUAAUUUUAAGUCCUCCUUUUUGUCUCACAGGUAGUUAAUAAAACAAGGUACACAGUUAAGAAGGUGGAUGUCCCACAUUGUGCUGCCUCAGAUUGAAGAGAUGGUGCAAAAGAAAAAUCCUCUAUUUUGACAGGACAAGUAUUUCACUUACAGUACUUUGUUGUAAGAACAAAGACUGAUUUCAAUAUGAAAUGAAAUAUCUGACAUUUUCCAAAUUGACUUAAUUUCACAUUAAAUUAUUUUCUAGACUAUCUAAUAGUCUGUAACAUCAUUAUGUGGUGCAUAGUCUCAAUUUACUUUAUCUUGUUGGUUUUCAAAGUCAGAAACCUUCCCCAAGUAAACCAAAGGACAACAUUAAUAUAGGCCCUAGCGCUUUUCCUUCAAUAUGUGUUUUAAACUUAUUUUGCCUUCUCCAUCUGGGGUCUUGUUGCCAUGUCCGUGACUCAUUCCACACAGGAAACCGAGUCGUUUCAUUCAGACCGUCAGUGCGUCUUCUAAUUUUAAUGAUAUUUCAGUUGUGCUGCUGGCUUUGUAGUCAUAUCUGCACACAUUGUGACAUUGUUGAUUUGCAUAUUUUCUUUCCCCCUUUUGAUGAAUGUUUGGGAGUUGGGACUUUAAACGGACACCUUGAGCUUUCUGUUGUACAGUUUUAUCUCAGUCUCUCAUGGCUGGUCAGGAAAUGUGCUGGUGAAAUGCUUCAAUAAUGUCUCUCUUUUCAGUAUGUGCUCCUAACACUAUUGUCUUCUGGGAAUUGUUGGGAUAAUGACCGGGGAAAAAAAAGAAAUCUAUACCGUCUUUUAAUUUUAAGCCUCCAGCAUUCUAUUUUGUUAAUUGUUCAAAUAAAGGAUUGUGCAAAAAGCA